UGGGGCCGGAACCCGCGCUCUCGGCCGUCUGAGGAAGCGCCCCGAGCCGGAGCGGAGCCGUCGCGACCCGCCGGGCUCUGUGAGGGGCGGCGCGCUUGCCCGGCUCGGAGCGCGCUUCUCCCUCUGCUCCCCAUCCGCGGGGACGGUGAAGGAGGACGGCGGCGGCGCGAGGAUGGAGCUGUUCCAAGCCAAGGACCACUACAUCCUGCAGAGCGGGGAGCGGGCGCUCUGGUGCAGCCGGAGGGACGGCAGCCUGCAGCUGAGAGCCGCUACUGAUCUUCUUUUGGCAUGGAAUCCUAUUUGCCUGGGCCUGGUAGAAGGAGUCAUUGGUAAAGUCCAGCUUCACACAGAUUUACCAUGGUGGCUACUUCUAAUUCGUCAGAAAGCAUUGAUUGGCAAACUUCCAGGAGAUCACGAGGUGUACAAAAUAACAAAGGUUGCAGUGAUUCCACUUUCUGAAACAGAACCUCAGGAUCUGGAACUGGAGCUUUGUAAAAAGCACCAUUUUGGAAUAAACAAGCCAGAGAAGAUUACGCAGUCCCCAGAUGACUCAAAGUUUCUGCUGAAGACUCUUACACAAAUUAAAUCAAAUGUAUCUGCUCCAAAUAAAAAAAAGAUUAAAGAAAGCAAAGAGAAAGAGAGGUUGGAGAAGAGACUGUUGGAGGAAUUAUUCAAAAUGUUCAUGGAUUCAGAUUCUUUUUACUACAGCCUUACCUAUGAUCUAACAAAUUCUGUGCAGAGACAGAGUGCGUGUGAGAAAACCGACUUGCCACUCUGGCGAAAAGUUGAUGACAGAUUCUUUUGGAACAAACACAUGAUUGAAGAUCUUAUCGUCACUGAUAAUACUGAAGUGGACUUCUGGAUUAUGCCCAUCAUACAAGGAUUUGUGCAGAUUGAAGAACUUGUAGUCAACUACAGUGAAUCUUCUGAUGAUGAGAAGAGCAGUCCUGAAACGCCACCUCAGGAAUCAACUUGUGUAGAUGAUGUUCAUCCAACGUUCCUCGUGGUGCUUAUUUCACGACGGAGUCGGCACAGAGCUGGAAUGCGGUAUAAGCGAAGAGGUGUUGAUAAAAAUGGAAAUGUGGCAAAUUAUGUUGAGACAGAGCAAUUGAUUCAUGUCCAUAAUCAUACUCUUUCGUUUGUACAAACAAGAGGCUCUGUGCCUGUUUUCUGGAGCCAAGUUGGAUAUAGAUAUAACCCACGGCCCCGUCUGGACAAGAGUGAAAAUGAAACAGUGUCCUGUUUUCGUGCACAUUUUGAGGAACAGCUGAAAAAUUACAAAAAGCAGGUCAUUAUUAAUCUGGUGGAUCAGACAGGCAGAGAGAAGAUUAUUGGAGAUGCUUACCUUAAACAAGUUCUUCUGUACAAUAAUGCAAAUUUGACCUAUGUUUCAUUUGACUUCCAUGAGCACUGCCGAGGAAUGAAGUUUGAAAAUGUUCAAACACUGACUGAUGCCAUUCAUGACAUUAUUCUUGACAUGAAGUGGUGCUGGGUUGAUCAAGCUGGUGUGAUUUGUAAACAGGAGGGAAUUUUUCGAGUUAACUGCAUGGACUGUCUGGAUCGUACCAACGUAGUGCAGGCUGCUAUUGCAAGAGUGGUCAUGGAACAGCAGCUCAAAAAACUGGGUGUGAUGCCUCCAGAGCAGCCUUUGCCGGUGAAGUGCAAUAGGAUCUACCAGAUAAUAUGGGCAAACAACGGGGAUGCCAUAAGCCGGCAGUAUGCUGGCACAGCAGCCUUGAAGGGUGACUUCACAAGGACUGGUGAAAGAAAGCUGGCAGGAGUAAUGAAGGAUGGAGUAAAUUCUGCAAACAGAUAUUACCUGAAUCGUUUCAGGGAUGCUUAUAGGCAAGCAGUCAUAGACUUGAUGCAGGGUAUCCCUGUAACAGAGGAUCUCUACUCCAUAUUUACAAAAGAGAAAGAACAUGAAGCCCUGCACAGAGAGAAUCUGAGAAGCCAUCAGGAAUUAAUUAGUCAGUUGUUGCAGAGCUACAUGAAACUGCUUUUACCAGAUGAUGAAAAAUUCCAUGGAGGAUGGGCACUUAUUGACUGUGACCCAAGUCUCAUUGAUGCCACUCAUAAAGAUGUGGAUGUUCUGCUGUUGCUUUCUAAUUCUGCCUACUACGUGGCCUAUUAUGAUGAUGAAAUUGACAAGGUGAAUCAGUACCAAAGGCUAAGCCUUGAAGCACUGGAAAAAAUAGAAAUAGGGCCUGAGCCUACUCUCUUUGGCAAACCCAAGUUCUCCUGCAUGAGGCUGCACUACAAGUACAAGGACACAAGUGGAUAUUUUCACACCCUUCGAGCUGUGGUACGCAACCCAGAUGAAGAUGGAAAAGACACUCUUCAGUGCAUAGCAGAAAUGCUGCGAAUCACAAAGCAAGCAAUGGGAUUGGAUGUGCCUAUUAUUGAGAAAAAGCUGGAGAGGAAGAGCAGCAAACCUCACGAAGACAUCAUUGGCAUUCGCUCUCAGAACAGAGGGUCCCUGGCACAAGGCAAGAAUUACUUACUCAGCAAGUUUUCGUCUCUCAAUCAGAAGGUGAAACAAACCAAAUCCAACGUGAACAUCAGCAAUCUUCGGAAGUUAGGCAGCUUCACCAAACCUGAAGUGAAAGUUAAUUUUUUAAAACCGAAUUUGAAAGUUAAUCUUUGGAAAUCAGACAGCAGCCUUGAAACUUUGGAGAAUCCAGCAGUAGAUACUAAAGUCCAUGCUGAAUCUGAUACAGAAAUGUCAGAUAAUGAUUCUUUCCACUCAGAUGAUUUUCUGACGAAUUCUAAAUCUGACGAGGACAACCAGUUAACUGACUCCCUAGAGAACAUAGGGCAGAUAGAUUACGUGCUGCCUAGCUGUGGCAUCAUUGCCUCAGCUCCACGGCUGGGCAGUCGGUCCCAGUCUGUAAGCAGCACUGAUAUGAACAUCAGCAUCCAUGUUCCAACUGAGAUUCAUGUCACUCAAGCUAACCAGUCUGACUGUGAAGAUGUACCUGUACCUUCUGCUGACAGUGCAGAGAUGGAAUUUGCUAAACCUAUUGAUGUGUACUGCCAGAGGUUUGUGCAGGAUGCUCAAAAUAAAAUGUCAGAUGCUUUGGAGUUGGAGACUUGCUCUCAAGAGCCACAUCACGCAAUACAUGAAACCAGCAAUAACGUGUGUAAGGAAGCAGAAAACAAGACUGAAACUACCACAGGCAUUCCUUCCAGGCCAUCCAAGCUGGAUGUACAGUCUUCUGAGCCAAAUCCUCAGCUCUUAGCUGUUGAUGGGACUGACUUUACUAAAUCUCACAGAAGCCCAGGAUCUGCUUCUGGUAUCCCUGAGACAGGACUCCACACAACUCCUUCUCCAGCUGACAGUAGCAGCAGCAGAGCUGUAUCUCCUUUUGCUAAAAUUCGCAGUUCCAUGGUCCAGGUUGCUAACAUCACACAAGCAGGACUGACUCAAGGAAUUAAUUUUGCUGUGGCAAAGGUCCAGAAGAGCCCUGCAGAAUCAGACGCUCUACAUGAAAUCAAACAAAAAGAACUGAAAGAAAUGUUUACACAAUGUCAGACACGAAUAAUUCAAAUUUAGUUGUUAAUGGAGUGUUCUUCUUGUUGUGGCUUCUAAUAUACCAAUACUUAAAAAAAAAACCCUAAAAAAAACCCCAACAAAAACCCAAGAACCCUAUAUUGGAGUUCACUGUAGCAUUAACUGCUAAUGAAUAACGGGAUCAAAAAUACGGAUAACUUGUUUACAGUGCAAGAGAUGCAAAUGAAUUUGGUUCUGGCUUCAGAAUUCCCUUAGGCAGCUGAGACAAAAGAAGGGUAAAUCAUGUUUGAACAGGUAGUUUAGACACUGGGACUUAGUAAGCAUGCUGUUUAUCUUAAAUCUGUUGCACAGGUGUUUUUUUGGGAUUAAUUUUGUAGCUCUUCUGACUUAUGUAGAGAAUAUUUAUACUAAAAUGGUUCUUGUACUGCACUUCUGUGACCUUACUUACCUUGCACUGCACCAGCAAAAUAACUUCUUAAUAGUAGAUUACAUGUUAUUUAUUUUUGGACUAAUAUUUUUACUUGUUUCCAUUGAAGUUUUAGAUGCAAUUUUCUAUGAAUUGUGCCUCUACAAUGAGAAAUGUGCUUUUUUGUUUUUUGUUUUUGUAUUUUAUUAUGUUAAUCAGCAAUUAAGACUUCUCACUGUUCUUUUCUUUCCACACUGCCUGGGCCACUUUCAGUAAAGAUAUGAUAUCCUGAUACAAUCUGAAAUAUCCGCAAUCCUGCAGUGCAAAUUUAUCUUGUAGAUUUGAGGUAAAGGGAAGUGAGGCAAAUGCUCUAUUUUUUUUUUCCAGAUUAAAGCUGUUCCACAGCCUUUAUCCAAAUUCUAGGUAGUGACAAUACGCUCACAUUUUGAGUUAGUGUAACACAAGACCAGCCAGAUACCUGAACUUCAAGCAUUGUGACCCCCCCAUGCUGUCACUCUCCUUGUAUAUUCUAACUGUCCAGCUGGAAAGAUGUAACCUUUAAAACAGAAGGCAAAUGUUUCAUAAAGUCAGCGUUGACAUCAGAGCAUAGUUGUCUUUAUCAUCUAAUCAAAACCAAAUUCAUUACCAGCUCAAGCUUUGCAUACUUGCAGAAUAAGGCUAACCUUCCACUCGUGCUGGGAACCAGGUUUAAAAGGAAAACACCAAACAGCACAUAUAUGCGUCAAAAGAUUAUUCUCUUCCAGAAAUGCCUUGCACUGCCAUCCUAGUGCAGGACAUUACCCCAAAGCAGAUGUCGCUAUGCUGUGGUUCGUAACUCUACCUACUCUAACCACUGUUAUAGAGCCAGUGCCUCUCUGUUCUAGUCCAUGUACUGUAGGUAGGCUGCACGUGGUGUUUUUAGAAGUAGUGUCAUGGGUAGGCUAGUACAGCAUCUUAGGACUUGUUCAUCUGAGAUCAUCGUCUGACCUUCAUCUAAACUGAACUGUCUGAAACUUUAUUUAUUUGUUUUACUGAAGUGAUGUGGGUUUGGGAUUUUUUGAGUGUCUAUACUUGUGGCUCUAUUUAAAAUUAAACUACUGCUGUAUUUUAAUGUAAGCAAUAUAUAUGAGAUAUUUUAAUAAAAAAAAAUAGAACCCAAA